AUGAGUCAAGGUGAUUUAUCAAAGGUAUAUAAUAUUGAUGGAUAUGUUGAAUCUGGGUUUUCAAUUAACAAAACCUUAAUACCAGGAUCAAUUAAUAUAAUGCCACAACAACUAUUCCUCUGGGAUGUUCAUUCAGUUGAAGAUAUUACCAUUGACACAUUGGCAACUUUGGAUAUCGUUGAACCACCAACUGAAUUCCUAUUAAUUGGUACAGGAGCAACACAUUCAAAAUUACCAGACCAAUUAAUAAAAGAUAUUUCAACUCGUUAUAAAGUAAAUGUUGAAACAAUGACAACAAUCAAUGCAAUUGGUACUUAUAAUAUAUUAGCUGAAGAAGAGAGAAGAGUAUCAGCAUUCAUUUUACCACAUGUACCAUUGGGUUCAAAGGAAAUUAAAGAACCUUAUUUUGUAUCAAAAAGUGAAUACAUUGAAAAUAGUAAAGAUAUAGUUGAUAAAGCACCUGGUGCAAGACCAACCACCACCACCACUACCACAUUUGAUGAUCAAAAAUUAAUUUUACAAAAAAAGAAACAAACUCUUCUAAGAAUGAAAAUGGAUGAAGUUGAUAAAAAAUCAAUUUCAUUAAUUGAAAAAGAAAUUGAGAGAUUAGAAAAAUCAAUAAACAAUAAUAAUAAUAAUAAUAAUAAUAGUAAUGAUCAACAAAAAACAUUUGAAAAUGUUUAUGUUCCAACUCGUAAUAUUGAAGAAGGCUUUGUUUCAACAAAUCAAUCACAAGGUGAAAAACAUAAAUUAGAACAAGAAAAAAUGAAUAAAAUUAUAAAUCCAUUUGAAAAAUCUUCAAAAAUUGAUAAAUUUAUAAUUUGGUUUGUUAAAUAUUUUGGUCAAAAGAAAUAA